AUGUCGUUUUUUGAGCCAGGCGAGUUGUUGUCAUGGUCGUUUCACAGAGCCGGUAUCGUAGAGUUCAUCACCACCUUCUUGUUCCUCUACAUCUCGGUGUUGAUUGUAGUGGGUGUGGUCAAAUCUCUGACGAAAUGUGGCACGGUGGGUAUUCAAGGAAUCGUGUGGGCUUUCAGUGGAGGGCAUAUUAAUCCAGCUGUGACAUUUGGUUUGCUAUUAGCAAGAAAAUUGUCGUUGACCAGGGCAGUGUUCUACAUGGUGAUGCAGUGUCUUGGAGCGAUCUGUGGUGCCGGAGUUGUGAAAGGGUUUCAGGGUGAUGCGCAGUACACGACGUUAGGCGGUGGUGCUAAUGUCGUCGCCCAUGGUUACACAAAGGGUGAUGGUCUUGGUGCUGAGAUUGUUGGCACUUUCGUGCUUGUUUACACUGUGUUCUCUGCAACUGAUGCUAAAAGAAGCACCAGAGACUCCCAUGUCCCUAUUUUGGCUCCUCUUCCAGUUGGGUUUGCAGUGUUCUUGGUUCAUUUGGCCACCAUCCCCAUCAUCGGAACUGGAUGUUGA